AGAAAAUAUUUAACACACAAAAAAAAAAUAAAAAAAUAAAAAGAAUUAUUUCCUUCCUCUCUCUCGUUCGUACACAAAAUUGAUUCGUUUGUUCCCAUCUUGGGGAGUGAUGAAGGCACUUUACCAGACCGUUUCAUUUCGAAAUUUCCAUUUAUACCCUCCAUUCAAAACCAACAUUCAUUCCAAAAAAGAGUCUGGUCAAUGAGGGUAAUCUAGUAAUUUCGCUAAUCUGGUUCACUCUCCCCUAGUGACCAGUGCUGCGAUUACUCAAAGGCUGCUCAUGCAAAAUAAACCAUUUCCCUCUCUUUCUCUUCUCUCUCUCUCUCUCUCUAGAAAUAUACAGAGAAAAAACGGCACCUGAAACUACGAACAGCGCGGUCAUUUUCGUCUCACGGGAUUUGAAGUUGGGGUAGUGCAUUUGCUCCUAGUUAACUUUUGAGAUAUGGAGGAAGCCGCCGAGUUCUCAGAUAUUUCUGAUGGAGAGAUUAUUGGUAUCAAAUUUAGUUUGGCAAGUCACAAGGAAAUUUGUACAGCAUCUGUUAGUGGGUCCUCUAUUACUCAUGCCAGUCAGCUUACAAAUCCCUACCUUGGCCUUCCUCUUGAAUUUGGAAGAUGUGAGUCGUGUGGCACUUCUGAAGCUGGAAGUUGUGAAGGUCAUUUUGGAUAUAUCGAGUUGCCAGUAGCGAUAUAUCAUCCCAGCCAUGUUAGUGAAUUGAGGCGUAUGUUGAAUUUAUUGUGCUUGAAGUGCUUAAAAGUGAAAAAGAACAAGUCUCCUGCGAAGAAUGUUGGUAUUGCCGAGCAGCUAUUGGGUUCGUGUUGUCCGGAAGCCACACAAGUCUCAGUCAAUGACAUAUAUAAAGAUGGAUAUUGGUACUUACAAUUGAAGGUACCAUCUAAGAAAAGAGUUCCCGAUGGGUUUUGGAAAUUUUUAGAAAGAUAUGGUUAUCGGUACGGGGGUUCUCUUACUGAGGAUCUUCCAAAACGCACUUUGCUCCCUGACGAGGUACUCGAAAUAAUCAAGAGACUUCCUAGUGAAACAAUAAAGAAGCUUGAGAGCAAACACUUUUUCCCUCAAUCUGGCUACAUCCUCAAGUUCUUACCUGUUCCACCAAACUGUUUAUCGGUACCAGAAAUUUCUGAUGGCAUCACUAUAAUGUCAACGGAUCCUUCAAUGGCGAUGCUAAAAAAGGUUCUAAGGCAAGUGGAAAUCAUUAAAAGUUCAAGAAGUAUACCGAACUUUGAAUCCACUGAAGUUGAAGCCAAUGAGUUGCAGAUAGCAGUUGAUCAGUAUCUUCAAGCUCGGGGUACUGUGAAGGCGUCCCGUGGCAUUGAUGAGCGUUUUGGUGUCAACAAAGAAGCCAAGAGCUCUUCAACCAAAGUAUGGCUAGAAAAGAUGAGGACCUUGUUUAUCAGAAAGGGUUCAGGCUUCUCCUCUAGAACUGUAAUAACUGGUGAUGCUUAUAAAGAGGUCAACGAGGUUGGUAUCCCUUAUGAUAUCGCCAAAGGAAUAACUUUCGAAGAGAGGGUUAAUGAUCACAACAUUAAUUAUUUACAAAAUCUUGUAGAUAAUAACUUGUGCUUAACCUUUAUAGAUGGUUCAACUAGAUUUUCCUUGAAGGAGGGAUCUAAGGGGCAUACUUUCCUAAGAACUGGUCAGGUUGUACAUAGAAGGAUAAUGGAUGGGGAUAUAGUUUUCAUCAACCGGCCUCCUACUACACAUAAGCACUCGCUUCAAGCACUGAAAGUAUAUGUUCAUGAUGAUCAUAUAGUAAAGAUAAACCCUCUUAUUUGUGGACCAUUGAGUGCUGAUUUUGACGGAGAUUGUAUUCACUUGUUCUAUCCCCAGUCUCUUGCAGCAAGAGCAGAAGUUGUGGAGCUUUUUUCUGUAGAGAAGCAGCUUCUUAGCUCACAUAGUGGCAACCUUAUCUUGCAGUUGGCCAGUGACUCUUUGCUGUCAUUGAAGAUGUUGUUUGAGACAUAUUUUAUGGACAAGGUAUCAGCACAACAAUUGGCCAUGUUUUCCUCAUCUUCUUUGCCACAACCUGCUCUUUGGAAGAAGGCUCCUUUUUUGGACCCACAUUGGACUGCAUUGCAAGUUCUACAAUCUGCUUUACCUGCUUCAUUUGAUUGCUCAGGGGACAGAUUCUUGGUUAAAGGAAGUGAAAUACUAAUCUUGGAUUUCAACAGAGAUGUAAUCUCUUCAGUCAUUAGUGACAUUGUGACCUCGAUUUUCUUUAAGAAAGGUUCUGAAGAGGUUUUGAAGUUCUUCAAUUCUGUACAGCCUUUGCUGAUGGAGAACAUUUUUGAACAUGGUUUUAGUGUGGGGUUGGAAGAUUUUUCCAUUUCUUUGGAGGCCAUUACAAAUAUCCAGAAGGAUAUUCAGGCUAUUUCUCCUCUGCUGUUCCACCUUAGAUCAAAGUAUAAUGAGCUGGUGGAGUUGAAUUUGGAGAAUGAAAUUCGGUCUAUCAAAGCUUCUGUCACGAACUUUUUUCUGAAUUCGUCAGCUCUGGGAGAUUUGAUCGACACCAAGAGCGAUUCUGCAGUUAACAAAGUUGUUCAACAAAUUGGGUUUUUAGGAGUGCAGAUGUCUGACAGGGGAAAAUUCUACUCCAAGACUUUGUUCGAGGAUGUUUCCGAUCUAUAUAGUAGGAUAUAUCCUCCAAACGUUGAUUACCCUUCUGCAGAGCAUGGCCUUAUUAGGAGCUGUUUUUUCUAUGGUUUAGAUCCAUAUGAAGAGAUGGUCCAUUCAAUAUCUACUAGAGAAAUACUUGUUCGGUCAUCAAGAGGAUUAACAGAACCUGGAACUUUGUUCAAGAAUUUAAUGGCUAUUCUUCGAGAUGUUGUCAUAUGUUAUGAUGGCACUGUUAGGAAUGUUUGUAGUAACUCAAUCAUUCAAUUUGAAUAUGGAACAAAGGCUCAAAAUUUAUAUCCUGCUGGUGAACCUGUUGGUGUGUUAGCUGCAACUGCCAUGUCAAAUCCUGCUUAUAAAGCAGUUCUCGAUUCCAGUCCAAGUAGCAAUAACUCAUGGGAGAUGAUGAAGGAAAUACUGCUGUGUAAGGUCAGUUUUGGAAAUGAGCCUACUGAUCGUCGUGUAAUCUUGUAUUUGAAUGACUGCUAUUGUGGGAGAAAUUACUGCCAAGAAAAUGCUGCUUAUCUGGUGAAGAAUCAACUGGGAAAAGUCAGCCUCAAAGAUACUGCAGUGGAGUUCAUGAUUGAAUAUAGGAACCAGGAUCCCUCUGGUGGGUGUGAAGUGAAUGCAGGUCUAGUUGGUCAUAUUCAUCUCAAUGAGUCGAUGUUGAAAAGGAUGAAUAUUGGUAUCAAUGAAAUACUUGAAAAAUGCCAAGAGAAUAUUAAUUCAUUACGGAGGAAGAAAAUUCGGCAACAUUUAAAGACAGCAUUGUUAUCUGUCAGUGAAUGUUGCUCUUUCCACAAGUCUCCAGAUGAAACAUCUGAAGUCCCGUGCUUAUUGAUUUCCUUGAAGGAAGAUAUGAGUCUUACUUUGGAGGAAUCUUCACAGAUUCUUGCUGAUUCUGUAUGUCCAUUUCUUUUAGGAACGGUUAUCAAAGGUGACUCCCGGAUUUGCUCGGCAAAUAUAACUUGGAUUAGUCCUGAGGCAACAACUUGGAUAAGACAUCCGCACAUUUCUGAGAGGAGGGGUGAAUUGGCUCUGGAUGUUGUUUUGGAGAAGUCAGCAGUCAAGCAAAGCGGUGAUGCAUGGAGGAUAGUCCUUGACUCUUGCCUCCCUGUACUCCAUUUGAUAGAUACCAAGCGAUCCAUCCCAUAUGGAAUUAAACAAAUCCAGAAAUUGCUGGGAAUUUCUUGUGCUUUUGAUCAAGCAAUUCAGCGCCUUUCGACAUCAGUAUCAAAGGUGAGCAAGGGUGUUCUCAAGGAGCAUCUCAUCCUCUUGGCUAACAGUAUGACGUGUCCUGGAAAUUUGAUUGGCUUCAAUUCUGGUGGCUACAAGGCUCUAUCUCGGUCAUUUAAUAUCCAAGUCCCAUUCACUGAAGCGACACUAACGACACCAAAAAGAUGCUUUGAGCGUGCAGCUGAAAAAUGUCAUACUGAUUCAUUGACAAGCAUUGUUGCUUCAUGUUCAUGGGCGAAACAUGUUGCUGUUGGUACUGGCUCGAGGUUUGAUAUCCUCUGGGACACAAGAGAGAUGGGAUUAAAUCAAGAGGAGACAAACAAUGUAUAUGACUUUCUUGGUGUUGUGGGUGCUGCAUCUGGAAAAGAAACAACUACUGGGUGUCUCGGUGAAGAAAUCGAGGAGAUUAUACUGGAAGAUGACGGUGAAGUUUGUGCAUCACCUGAGCUCGAGUUCGACCAAGACAAGCCAGUCUUUGAAGAUGGUGAUGAAUUUAAAGAUAUUCCAGAUGAUGAUUGGGGUUUCAAAGCUACUCAGGAAACCAAUAACGAUGAUUGGGGUUUCAAAGCUACUCAGGAAACCAAUAAUGAUGAUUGGGGUUUCAAAGCUACUCAGGAAACCAAUAAUGAUGAUUGGGGUUCCAAAGCAACUCAGGAUACUGAUAAUGGAGGAUGGGGCAAGGUAUCAUCUGGUAAAGAAGAUAGCUCCAAUAGUGGGUGGAAUUCCAAGUCGGCUGAAAAGAAUGUUGCAACUGAAUCCACCUGGGGAGCCGCCAGUUCAGCUUGGGACAAUGUUUCAACAAAGGAAACAACUGCUUCAGAAGAUGACAACUCCAAUUCUAGUGGGUGGGGUGCAAAGUCUUCUGGAAUGAAAACAACAGAAUCUCCAUGGGGCAAAAGCACAUCUAGGGUUGAAGUUGAUUCAGACAAUACUUCUGGUGGGUGGAAUGUCAAGUCGUCUGAGUCGAAGACAAUUGAAUCCUCUAAAAUGAAAACAACAGAAUCUGCAUGGGGCAACAAUGCAUCUAGGGGUGAAAUUGAUUCAGGCUCCAACUCUGGUGGGUGGAAUGUCAAGUUGUCUGGAUCAAAGACAACUGAAUCUGCAUGGGGAAAAGAUAAAGCAGGGGCUGAAGUUAUGUCCGGAGAUGACCGCUUCAAAUCUGGGCGGGGUACUUGGUCAGGAGGGAAUAAACGAAAUUCUGAGAAUGAAGAUGUUCCCUCUAGAAAACCCAAUGACAACAGUUGGGAUUCCUCAUCAGCAGAGCAUGCUGGUGGGUGGAAUGCCAAUUCUUUUGGAGCAAACUCAACAAAAUCUGUGUGGGGAACCGAUAAAGCAAGUGUUGAAGCUGUGCUAGAAGAUGACCGCCCCAAAUCUGCAUGUAAUGCUUGGUCUUCUGGGACAAAGACUACAGAAACUGAGAGUGAAGAUGUUCCCUCUAAAAAACCCAAUGACAGCGGCUGGGGUUCAUCACCAAAGCAAAUUGCAGAAACUUCAGAUGCUUGGCUGUCACCGAGUGUUGGAGGCAGUGCUGAAAAACAACCCAGUCAAUGGGGAAAACAAGGUGGGGAAUCUUUCAAGGAAGGUGGCGCUGGGGGUUGGGGUUCGGAUGAAAAACAACCCAGUCAAUGGAGAGGCAGUAACGAAAAACAACCCAGUCAAUGGGGAAAGCAAGGUGGGAAAUCAUUCAAGAAAGGCAGUGCCGGCCCUGCCGGGGAUUGGGGUUCAAAUGAAAAACAACCCGGUCAAUGGGGAAAGCGAGGCGGGGAAUCUUUCAAGAAAGGCAGCUCUGGGGGUUGGGGUUCAGAUGAAAAACAACCCACUGAUGAAAAUCAACAUAGUCAAUGGGGAGGCAAUGACGAAAAACAAUCCAGUCAAUGGGGAACGAAAGGUGGGGAGUCAUUCAAGAAAGGCAGCUCUGGAGGUUGGGGUUCAGAUGAAAAACAACCCAUUGAUGAAACACAACCUAGCCAAUGGGGAGGCAGUGAUGAAAAGCAACCUAGCCAAUGGGGAGGCAGUGAUGAAAAGCAACCUAGCCAAUGGGGAGGCAGUGAUGAAAAACAACCUAGCCAGUGGGGAGGCAGUGAUGAAAAACAGCCCAAUCAAUGGGGAGGCAGUGAUGAAAAACAGCCCAAUCAAUGGGGAGGCAGUGAUGAAAAACAACCCAAUCAAUGGGGAAAGCAAGGUGGGGAGUCAUUCAGGAAAGGUGGAUGGGGCUCAGAUGAAGGAUGGAAGAUAAAGAAGAACCGUCCAAAUAAACCUUGGGGUAAUGAAAACUCAACCGUAAUUGUACAAAGAACUGCAACAGGACAAAGAUUAGAUCUUUUCACAACUGAGGAACAAGAUCCCCUCUCUCUUGUGGAACCGAUCAUGCUUGCCAUCAGAAGGAUCAUGCAUAAGGACGGGUACAAUGAUGGCGAUCCACUGGCAUCUGAAGAUCAAACGUAUAUAGUUGACAAUGUCUUUGCUAAUCACCCGGAUAAAGACAGCAAAAUGGGUUGUGGAAUCGAUUACAUCAUGGUGAGCAAGCAUUUCCGUUUCCAGGACACCAGGUGCUUUUAUGUUGUCUUAACCGAUGGACAUAAAGAAGAUUUUUCGUACCGGAAAUGCCUCGAAAACUUAGUUAAGAGCAAGUAUCCAGACAUCUCAGAAGCUUUUAAUGGAAAGUAUUUUCGAAAACCUGGAGGGAACCGGGACCGGCAAACCACCCCUGAACAACAAUCUACCCCAGAACAGUUUUCUACCCCGGAACAGAACAAUUCCUCGGAACAGUUUUCUACCCCAGAACAGAACUCUACCCAAGAACAGCAGCAAUCUGAGGUUGAGAAGGCACAGUAGUAGGCACUUUGGCCACCAAAAGCAUCCUAUUUUUUUGGUGUUUUUUCUUGGAAUUUCUCGAGGAUUUUUAUUUUUAAUUUUUGCUGUCUUUUCAGUUUGUAAAUCCUUGAGUUGAGAUAUUUUGCUGUCUGCUAUUUUGAUUGUAUAUAUAGUGGCAGAUGGCUGUGUAAUUAUCAGCAUCGGUUUAGUGCUUUUCUUUGGGUUAAUUUUUGCAAUUUAAUUGAAUCUAAAGAGAAGAAGCUUAGGCUGUCUCUUCUGCUGUUUAAUUGGAAUUUAAACCCAGUUAAUUAGUAAGCAAAAGAAGAGAUUUGUUAUUUUUUUUUAUUAUAUCAAAUUAACAUUUUAAAGUUAAUUCUAUUAUUGGCUGUAAACUUAACUAGUUAACAUUUUCAUUACUUUUUCAGGUAAUGUGGUAUCUUUAACAAUAAGUUUGGAAAGCAUGACUUUAAAACAACCAUAUAAAUUCAAAGUGCUUCUUUUAUAGCAAUAUACAAAUAAAAUAAACAAUUAGUAUUGAAAGAAGUAGAAGUAAUAGUAGUAGAAAAGUAAAUUAAAAUCCCUUCGGUGGUGUUUGGUUGACAAAAUCAGGGUUUUGAGAGGCCCUUAAAGAGAGACAAUACUUAGCAAUUUGUCUAAACUUAGGAACACUCCUAAGAUCAACCUUAGUACCAUCUUUAAGAGUAAUGAUAAUAUCACCCCAUUCACCAAUGAAACGAGGAACCACCUGAACGUCCUUUAUCACCUCAUACGAGAAAUCACUCCUAUCCUCACCCGUCAGUCCAGAUAUGACAGUCACCCGCAGGUUAGUGAAUCUGUACCUGAGAAAGAAAGCUCUUGAAACCGCAGCUAUUGUGAGAGGCAGCCAAACCAGAGUGAAACCCAGAACAAGGUUCGCCAAAAGGUCACCGUAAUGAGCCCCACCGUCGAAGAAGAUGGUUUCUUCUUUGUUGGUGUUGGUGAUUGUUGGAGAGGAUGAGGACACGUGGAGCCUUGUGAGUGGUCUGUUUAAGUUGGGAAAUGAUUUAGAGGUGAAGUUAGGGAAAUGAAGGAAUCUGGAAGAAGAAGAAGAAGAAGAAGAAGAAGAAGAAGAAGGAAAGAAGGAUUGGGUAGUUGGAGUUGGAGUGGUCAGAGAAGAGAGCGUUGAUGCCAUUUUUUCUUUUGGAAGGUCUCUCUCUUUCUUUCUUUCUUUCUUUCUUUCUUAUCC